AUGUCGUCCAGUUCUGCACCGAAUGGAAACGGACUAUCCCAGUUUGGAACCGUUGAACAGAAUGUAAAAAACGUUCCGUCAACUGCAGCGAAAAGCUUGAAUGGAAUACCCGCCGCUGUCAUCCCUGUUCCUACUAGCGUUAAAACCCAGGUAAAUGUUGACGUUGCCAAUAAGGAGCCAUCCCGUGUAUCUGGGAAAACCAGUAGCCUAAAUGCCAUUAGUCAACGUAACACCUGUUCCGCGAACGAUGUAAGACGAAAUCCGUUACGCGAAGUUCGUAGAGUUCGGGAUUUUCAAUGUCAGCUGUGUGAAGAGCGUGAUAAUGACGAAAUGGUGCAAUGUGACAGUUGCGAUAGGUGGUUUCAUUUCGUAUGCGUACAAGUUACUGAGGCUGUAGCCAACGUUAGCUGGGUCUGUCCGAAUUGUGCAAAUGUAGAGCGUGGUCAGAACAGUGAUCAUAAUCAAACGGGCUUUCGUCAACGUCAAAAUCCACCCCCCAACAGACCCCCAUCAGUGCAGUCUAAAGGCAAGGCUAGUUCCGCCCGAAGUGAGGCAAGGAGAUUGAAAGAGCUUGAAUUGAAUCGGCUUAAAGAGGAGUUUGAAAUGGCAAAGCGAUUCCUCGAUCGGAAAUAUGAAGUGCUUAGAAGAUGCGGAAGCGAAGUGUCAUCGGUAGCUGAUGUAAUCGAAGACAACCAAUCGAAAGUCGCAGAGUGGUUAGCCGAGACCGAACGUCACGGCGAAGACGCAGACUCCGGUCUAGCUGAAAAGGAGGUAAGCGGACAAACACCGAACAUGUCGGGAACGCUCAAAGAGCACCAAGCUCUGGAUGCCAUCCAUCAAAACCGAAAUCCGUCGUGUCUUCCUACAAACCAACAAGGGCAACGCUUUCAACGAGAUGUUCAGUUUCAACAGGAACUAAGUAUGUCACGAGUUCCCCCAUCCGGUCUUGCCAUGCAGCAUAAUCGCCAACUUCACGAACAACCAGCUGGUAAGCCACAUAAACAGAGUGAGUCUAUCCUUCCCGAAGGGUACCAGGGGCAGUCCGCCCAGUUGCAGUUCCACGAUAGAGCAGCGGUCGACACACGACAAACUACACACGGACCUGUACCGGAUCUCACACGUUUGAGAGUAAAUCCAGCAUUUGUAAAUACUCGUGAUUUAAUUCCAGAUGGCCAGGGUUGUCACGCGCCACAUGACGCAUUUUACCCGCAGUAUAGCCGAUUGCAAAUACCUCACCAGUCGACGUUCUUUCCCUCGAUGAACGCACGUAAUGAAUUUGCUCCGAACCAGCGUUCAACGCCGAUACCAUCGGGCCAACCGAGACAACGAGCUACAACGUUUGCUACUGAAACAGCCCCAAUACCGACAAGUUUGGGCCACGUGAGAAGUAGAGCUACAGCAAUCGCCCCUGAUGAUACAAUCUGCAUCCUUAACCGAAACCAAAUCGCGGCGCGACAAGCCGUUUCCAAGGAUCUACCUGAGUUUGAUGGAACGCUGGAAGAUUGGCCGCUUUUUUACGCCAUGCUCACGUCAUCAACGCAGAUGUGCGGUUUCACGAAUGAGGAGAAUAUGCUGCGAUUACGUAAAUGCCUCAAGGGUAAAGCACUGGAAGCAGUUAGAUGUGAAUUACUCCAUCCCACAAAUGUGGCUGAUGUACUGUCAACGCUAAAAAUGCUGUAUGGCAGACCAGAAGCAUUAAUCCAGUCCAUCAUAAGGAAAAUUCGUAGCCUUCCACCACCAAAUAUGGAAAAACUGGAAACAGUGGUAAACUUUUCGUUGUCGGUAAAAAAUAUGGUUGCUACGAUUCGAGCCUGUGAAGUCGACGACUAUAUUUUCAAUGCAUCACUUCGAUACGAGCUGGUGGAGCGUCUGCCACCAUCCUUGAAGCUAGACUGGGCAAGAUUCUCACGAGGCUAUGUUAACGCAAAUAUCGCACAUUUCAGCGCGUGGCUAUAUACCAUAGCAGAAGACGCCAGUGCAGUGAUGGUUACACCAUGUCACGACCAGCGAACUCGCAUUACUAAAAGAGAUGGGUUUCUCAAUCUGCAUGUUGAGUCGGAAUCAAGCUUCACGGAAGAUGCCAACCCCUCUGCUAAAAUGAAAGCAGAUAAUUCUACCGAUCAGUGCGUAGUAUGUAAAGGAAGCUGCCUGACCGUCGCCAAAUGUAGCAGAUUCGCGGAGCUGAGCUACGAAUCGAAAUGGGCAACAAUAAAGGAGUGUAAAUUGUGCCGAAAAUGUCUUCGUAAGCAUAACGGCUCCUGUAAGCAACAGAAACAGUGUGGGGUGAAUGGAUGCACUUUCCUACACCACCCACUACUUCACAAACACGAAAGUCAGAAUGCUAACCUUUCGUCAUCAAAACAAGUGUUACCUGCGAUAUCGACGGGAUCGGAAACUGCAAGCUGCAACGUACAUCAAGGUCAAUCCGCAGUACUGUUCCGUAUUAUCCCAGUCAUGCUUUACGGGCCAGAGAAAGUAGUGCGAACAUAUGCCUUCAUUGACGAUGGUUCCGAGUUGACGUUGAUGGAGCAAAGCUUGGCAGAUGAACUCGGAAUCAAAGGACCUAAAAAGCAACUAUGCUUGAAGUGGACCGGCGGAACCUGCAAAAUGGAAAACGAGUCUCAACAGGUGAACCUGAAGAUCUCAGGAUUACAUAGCUCAACGAAAUUUGACCUUUCGGGAGUCUACACCAUAUCCUCUCUGAAAAUUCGACCACAGACGUUGAUGCUUACCGAACUACAGGAAAGGUUUCCUUAUCUAUCCGGUCUGCCACUCGAGGGAUACAACGAAGUCAGUCCACGGCUUCUAAUCGGCCUCAACUAUGCUAAUCUCGGCCAUGGAAGUAAGAGUCGAGAAGGAAAGCGAAACGAGCCAAUUGCGAUGAAAACUCGUCUGGGAUGGACCGUUUACGGUAACUGCACCAAAAUGGAAAUAAACGGUGGAGAACUGCACCACCAUAGCGUUCAGCAUUGCGAGUGCAACUCACAAAAUGACAAUGACUUACAUAGAGCGAUGAAGUCGUAUUUCGCUCUGGAUAGUAUGGGCGUCAUUAAAUCAAACAUACUUAUGUCCAGAGAAGAUCAGCGAGCCCAAUCGUUGCUAGAAUCUCGAACUCGGCAGAUAAAUAAGCGCUACGAAUCCGGACUUCUUUGGAAAUUUGAUCAUGUUCGUCUCCCAGAUAGCAAAACUAUGGCGUUGAGACGAUGGAAAUGCCUUGAAUACCGGAUGCAUAAAGAUCCCCGUUUGGCUGAAGCACUACAGAUGAAAAUCCAAGAUCAUGUAAGCAAGGGGUAUGUGAGAAAGCUUACUUCUGAAGAGUUAGCCGUGUCGCGCGAGCGAGUUUGGUACCUACCGAUAUUUGCAGUAGUUAACCCAAAUAAACCAGGCAAGACCCGUCUAGUAUGGGAUGCCGCAGCGACCGCUCAUGGAAUCUCUCUAAAUUCAAUGCUGAUGAAGGGUCCCGAUCAAUUGACUUCUCUUCUCUCCGUGCUAAUCCGAUUCCGUGAGUUCAAGGUGGCAGUAUGCGGUGACAUCAGGGAGAUGUUUCACCAGGUGCACAUGCGAACCGAUGAUCAACACUGCCAGCGCUUUCUCUGGAAGAGUGCCGAGGAUUCAGAGCCUAGCGUCUACAUCGUUCAAGUUAUGACGUUCGGAGCCUGCUGCUCUCCAAGUAUUGCGCAAUACGUUAAAAAUCGUAAUGCGAAGCUUUUCGAACGAGAUCACCCUGAAGCAUUUGACGCUAUAACUAGGCAACACUACGUCGAUGAUAUGCUCGUGAGCAUGGAAACGGUUGAUGAAGCAGUGGCGCUGGCGCAGCAGGUGAAGAACAUUCAUAUGCAAGCUGGUUUCGAGAUGCGAAACUGGAUCUCCAACUCUAGUAGUGUCCUGGUUCGGUUGAAAGAGGGUACGGCGGAAGAGAAAGACAUGAAUAUCGGCGAGGAAGCAACCACCGAAAAAAUACUUGGAAUGUGGUGGAACACAUCAACUGAUUGCUUCACGUACAAGUUGUCCUCUCGAUACGACGAAGCUCUCCUAACUGGCAGCCGACGACCAUCGAAGCGCGAAGUUCUCCGAAUACUGAUGAUGGUGUAUGACCCCAUAGGGUUCAUUGCGCAUUUGUUGAUGUUCCUGAAGACACUUUUACAGGAAAUAUGGCGGACAGCUGUCGGUUGGGAUGACCCUAUAGAGGACGCGCAGUUCGCAAAGUGGAUGAUAUGGCUCGCAGUGUUUCCGGAGAUGACGAAGAUUAAAAUUCCACGAUGUUACCGGUCAGUGUUGUCUAAGAAAGCCGAGGUCGAGAUGCAUACAUUCGUCGAUGCAAGUGAGAGCGGAUUUGCGGCGGUUGUCUACUUCAGGUUCCGUGAGGGGGACGUGAUCGAAUGCUCCUUCGUAGCAGCGAAAACCAGAGUAGCACCCUUGAAGUUCUUGUCUAUUCCACGUUCGGAACUACAAGCAGCUGUACUGGGUGUGCGUCUAGCAGACACCAUAUUGACAUCUCUCUCAAUCAAUGUUCGUAAGCGCUAUUUCUGGUCCGAUUCCAAGGACGUGCUAUGCUGGCUAAAGUCCGAUCACAGACGAUACAGCCCAUUUGUAGCCUUUAGGGUCAGCGAAAUCUUGGAAUCGACAGAUAUCGAUGAAUGGCGAUGGAUUCCCACAAAAAUGAACGUAGCUGAUGAAGGAACAAAGUGGGCGCGGGUCCCCGACCUUUCUGAGAAUUGCCGUUGGUUCUGCGGUCCACAGUUUCUAAGACAAGACGAGAACACGUGGCCUGGGAAGCCUUCCCUGGAAAGAACGACAGCAGAAGAGCUUCGUCCACACUUGCUUGUCCACACAGCCACGGUGGAAUCACCAAUCUCCCCACAAAAUUUCUCUAAAUGGAGUUCCCUUCUGCGUUGUACAGCACUUGUCUUUCGUUUUGUCAACAAUCUGAAACGAGUCCGCAAAGAACGUCUGUCUGGACCUUUGACUCAACGGGAGCUAGCCGAAGCAGAAACUUAUCUCUUCCGUUUAGCGCAGUCUGAAGUAUAUGCUGACGAGAUUGCUACAUUAGCCGUAAACAACGCACAGAAAAGAACACGAAUAAACAUUAUCCGCCACAAUCCGCUUUUCCGAGAUGCUUUCUUGGACGAGAGUGGAAUUGUUCGUGUCCGGGGGCGAAUAAGUGCCUGUGAAUUCAUCGAUCGUGACGCAGCUGAACCCGUUAUUCUUCCUCGGAAUCAUCACGUUACACGUUUGAUCAUCAAUGACCUGCAUGAACGGUUCAACCACCAAAACCACUUAACAGUCGUAAACCAAUUACUGCAGCGCUUUCGCAUCCCUCGUCUAAAAGCAACUUACCAAGCCGUGCGCAAAGAUUGCCAAUAUUGUAAGAACUCUCAAGCACAACCGCAACCACCCAUGAUGGCCAAGCUCCCUCAGGCACGACUGACAGCGUUCAGUCUUCCGUUCACUCAUAUGGGGGUGGACUACUUUGGUCCGAUUCAGGUUUCAGUGGGCCGCCGUUCGGAAAAACGAUGGGGAGUUCUCGCUACGUGUAUGACCACUCGCGCCAUCUAUUUGCAAGUCGCUCACACGCUGACCACCGACUCCUGUGUUAUGGCGAUCAGAAACAUUAUGGCUAGAAGAGGCGUUCCGGCUGUCAUCUACAGCGAUCGGGGUACCAACUUCCAAGCGACCAGUAAGGAGCUGCGGACAGCAAUUAAACAGCUGGAUCACGAUAGGUUCGCGAAAGAGUUUAACUCACCUCACACUCAAUGGGUUUUCAACCCGCCUCUAUCACCACAUAUGGGAGGAGCGUGGGAGCGGUUGAUCCGUACAGUCAAGAAAAAUCUGACCAUAUUACAAUCGAGCAGGUUGCCAACAGACGAGGUCCUGCAGAAUGCACUGGCGGAGGUUGAAAAUAUAGUCAAUUCUCGACCCCUUACCGAAAUCCCGAUCGAAGAUGACUCCUCUCCCGUGUUGACUCCUAAUGAUUUUCUGCUCGGGUCAUCGAACGGCUUAAGAUCUUGGGCACCGCUCGACGAUAGCCCCGUGCUAUUGAAGAAUUCCUACACACAAUCACAACUCAUGGCGGACAGAUUCUGGCGGCAGUGGGUGCGAGAUUAUCUUCCUAGUAUCACUCGUCGUACAAAGUGGUUUACUCCAGCUAAACCGAUAACCGUUAAUGACAUCGUACUGAUCGUCGACCCGAAACUGCCAAGAAAUUGCUGGCCCAAGGGCAGGGUCAUCGCAGCGCAUCAAGGAAACGAUGGGCAGGUACGUCGCGUGACCGUACAAACUGCUUCCGGGGGCAUAUACGAGCGACCUGCGGUAUCCAUAGCUGUGCUCGACAUAGGCGUUGUUUAG